UCAGGAAAAUUUUAUUUCCUACAAAAAAUUUCCCAAAUACAACAAAAUUUCCCUUUUUUUUUUUUUUUUGACUAAUCUUUUUCCUUUUCCUAUGAUCUAAAAAAUAUAAAUUUCCGUUUUUGUUACAUUUCCUAACUGCCAUUCACCUAUUCCCCCAAUUCCCUCCCCUAUACAAUACAAUAUAUUAUAACUACGUAACGCAACCCUUCAUCACAAAAACAAAAAACACAAAGUACAAGAGAUCUAUCUAAAUUAACCUUAAUUUCUCCAAACAAAACAUCAUGGAACAUGUCAACAAUGGUUGUAACGGUAAUUCAUCAUUGAAUCUUUGCAUUACGACUAAGAAUAAUGACCCAUUGAAUUGGGGUAUGGCUGCGGAUUGUAUGAGGGGUAGUCACCUAGAUGAGGUGAAAAAAAUGGUUGAGGAAUACCGGAAACCGGUUGUGCCGUUAGGUGGAAAAGGUUUAACAAUAUCACAAGUGGCUGCAAUUGCAACCCAUAAUAACGGUGUGACGGUUAAACUUGACGAAGAAACACGCGCCGCUGUUAAAGCUUGUAGUGAUUGGGUUGUUGAAAGUUUGAAUAAUGGGACUGAUAGUUAUGGAGUUACCACUGGAUUUGGUGCAACCUCACAUAGGAGAACAAAACAAGGUGGUGCUCUCCAAAAUGAACUCAUAAGAUUUCUGAAUGCUGGAAUUUUCGGCAAUGGAACAGAAUCGAGUCAAACCCUACCUCACACGGCCACAAGAGCAGCUAUGUUGGUUAGAAUCAACACAUUGCUUCAAGGAUAUUCAGGAAUCAGAUUUGAAGUAAUGGAAGCAAUAGCAAAAUUUCUGAACCAUAACAUAACACCAUGUCUUCCAUUACGAGGUACAAUCACUGCAUCAGGUGACUUAGUUCCUUUGUCAUAUGUUGCUGGCCUUUUAAUUGGAAGACCAAACUCAAAAUCUAUUGGACCUGAUGGACAAGUUCUCAAUGCUAAAGAGGCUUUUCAACUAGCUGGAAUUGAAAGUGGCUUUUUUGAGUUGCAAGCUAAAGAAGGUUUAGCACUAGUGAAUGGUACUGCUGUUGGAUCAGGUUUGGCUUCAUUGGUUCUUUUUGAGACAAAUUUACUUGUGGUUCUAUCAGAACUUAUAUCCGCGAUUUUCGCGGAAGUUAUGCAAGGAAAACAGGAAUUCACUGAUCAUUUGACUCAUAAGUUGAAACACCAUCCUGGUCAAAUUGAGGCCGCGGCUAUUAUGGAACAUAUUUUAGAUGGAAGUUAUUAUGUUAAGGCUGCACAAAAAUUACAUGAGACUAAUCCACUUCAGAAACCUAAACAAGAUAGGUACGCGCUUCGAACAUCACCGCAGUGGCUUGGACCGCAGAUUGAAGUGAUUCGACACGCAACAAAGAUGAUUGAGAGGGAGAUAAAUUCUGUGAAUGACAAUCCACUUAUUGAUGUUUCAAGGAAUAAGGCACUUCAUGGAGGAAAUUUCCAAGGUACACCGAUAGGUGUUUCAAUGGACAACACACGUUUAGCCAUCGCUUCGAUUGGAAAACUCUUGUUUGCUCAAUUCUCUGAGCUUGUGAAUGACUUCUAUAACAACGGAUUGCCUUCGAAUCUAACCGCGGGCCGCAAUCCGAGUUUGGAUUACGGAUUCAAAGGAGCAGAAAUUGCAAUGGCAUCUUAUUGCUCAGAACUUCAAUACCUUGCUAAUCCUGUCACCACUCAUGUUCAAAGUGCCGAACAACAUAACCAAGAUGUGAACUCUUUAGGCUUGAUUUCAUCAAGAAAAACUGCUGAAUCAGUAGAAAUAUUGAAACUCAUGUCAUCCACUUUCUUAGUUGCAUUGUGCCAAGCAAUUGAUCUAAGGCACAUUGAGGAAAACUUGAAAAGUGCUGUUAAGAACACUGUGAGUCAAGUGGCUAAGAGAGUUCUCACAAUUGGUGUAAAUGGUGAAUUGCAUCCAUCAAGGUUUAGUGAGAAGCAUUUGCUCAAUGUUGUUGAAAGUGAGUAUGUUUUUGCUUACAUCGACGACCCUUGUAAUGCUACAUACCCUCUAAUGCAGAAGCUGAGACAUGUAUUAGUUGAUCAUGCAUUGCAAAAUGGUGAUAAUGAAGCAAAUUCAAGCACCUCAAUUUUCCAAAAGAUUGGAGCUUUUGAAGAAGAGCUCACGACCCUUUUGCCUAAAGAGGUGGAAAGUGCAAGAAUUGAAGUUGAAAAUGGAAACCCUGCAAUUCCUAAUAGGAUUAAGGAAUGUAGGUCUUAUCCAUUAUACAAGUUUCUGAGAGAAACUUUAGGGACAAGUUUGCUGACAGGUGAGAAAAUUAUAUCACCUGGUGAGGAAUGUGAAAAGGUUUUCUCAGCAUUGUGUGAUGGAAGGUUCAUUGAUCCUAUGUUGGAAUGUCUAAAGAGUUGGAAUGGUGCUCCUUUACCUAUAUGCUAGGAUUGUACUACUCUUAUGUAAGUUUUUAUUUUUUAUUUUUCUCGGACUUUUUUUUUUCUUUCUCUUUUUCAUGUAAUGUUUAUUUUAUGAAGUUGUUGGACGUGUAUUUUAAAUUGUGGUGACAAUGUGUAUGUUUUAACUUUAUAUUAUUUAAUAAGUUCUUUAUGUGCAA